UCUCUCUCUCUCUCCCUCUCUCCUUCUAUUCCUCUCGUUCCUAUUUUCUUUCCUCUUAUUUAUCGCAUUUCGCUGUAACCUACCCCCUACUCACGAAUCAUGGAUCUCACAACGAGAUGUUUGUUUCUACUAUCCUACCUUGGCGUGGUAUCGGCGAUCGAUUUAGAAGCAAUAGAAGAACCAAGCUACUAUUUGGAGGCCACUGCCACCUCAGAUGUGAUCGACUAUAAGGAUCCCUGUAAAGCUGUUGCCUUUUGGGGAGACAUUGCUCUGGAUGAAGAGGACAUGCGCAUGUUUAAGGUGGACCGGAUUAUAAACAUGGCCCAACGGAACGUACAGACCUUCAAUCAGACGACCACAGGGUCUUCUGCCAAUGAGACCAAUGGAAACAGAGCAGUGACAAACCAGCAGGGAUCACACCGCAGGAAAAGGGCAGCGACCUCCAGACCUGAGAGGGUGUGGCCAGAAGGUGUCAUUCCCUAUGUCAUCAGUGGGAACUUCAGUGGCAGCCAGCGGGCUAUAUUCCGCCAGGCUAUGCGUCACUGGGAGAAGCACACCUGCGUGACCUUUAUUGAGAGGACAACAGAGGAGAGCUACAUUGUGUUCACCUACCGGCCAUGUGGGUGUUGUUCCUAUGUGGGACGCAGAGGUGGCGGUCCCCAGGCUAUCUCCAUAGGAAAGAACUGUGACAAGUUUGGAAUAGUGGUGCAUGAGCUCGGCCAUGUGAUUGGUUUCUGGCACGAGCACACUCGGCCUGACAGAGACGAGCAUGUCAGCAUUAUCAGGGACAACAUACAACCAGGACAGGAGUAUAACUUCUUGAAGAUGGAGCCAGGGGAAGUGGACUCUCUGGGUGAAGUGUAUGACUUUGACAGCAUCAUGCACUAUGCCAGGAAUACUUUCUCAAGAGGAAUCUUCUUGGACACCAUCUUGCCACGCUAUGACGUCAAUGGUGUAAGACCACCGAUUGGCCAGAGGACAAGGCUAAGCAAAGGGGAUAUCACACAGGCACGCAAACUCUACAAGUGUUCCAGAUGUGGAGACAGUCUGCAGGAAAGCAGUGGGAACUUCUCCUCUCCUGGCUUCCCUAACGGAUACUCAGCUUACAUGCACUGCAUCUGGAGAAUAUCGGUUACACCAGGGGAAAAGAUCAUUCUCAACUUCACCUCCAUGGAUCUGUACAGGAGUCACCUAUGUUGGUAUGACCAUGUCGAGAUCAGAGAUGGAUACUCAAGGAAAGCUCCUCUGAAAGGUCGUUUUUGUGGGGAUAAGCUGCCUGAACCAAUUAUCUCCAUCGACAGUCGGUUGUGGAUUGAGUUCCGCAGCAGCAGUAACUGGGUAGGGAAGGGCUUCUCUGCUGUGUAUGAAGCCAUUUGUGGAGGGGAAGUGAAGAAGGAUAAUGGCCAGAUCCAGUCUCCUAAUUACCCAGAUGACUAUAGGCCCAACAAGGUGUGCAUAUGGAAGAUUAGUGUGACUCAGGGCUACCAUGUCGGCCUGACCUUCCAGUCCUUUGAGAUUGAGAGGCAUGACAGCUGCGCAUAUGACUAUCUAGAAGUGAGAGAUGGGAACUCAGAAAACAGCCCACUGCUGGGACGCUUUUGUGGUUAUGACAAACCAGAUGACAUCAAGACCAGUUCCAACCAGUUGUGGAUGAAGUUUGUGUCUGAUGGCUCUGUCAACAAGGCUGGCUUUGCUGCCAACUUUUUCAAAGAGAUGGACGAGUGCUCCAAGCCAGAUAAUGGUCGCUGUGAGCAACGCUGUGUCAACACACUGGGUAGCUACAAGUGUGCCUGUGACCCGGGCUAUGAGUUGGCGGCCGACAAACGCAGCUGUGAGGCUGCCUGUGGAGGUUUUAUCACCAAGCUGAACGGCUCCAUUACCAGUCCUGGCUGGCCUAGAGAAUACCCCCCCAACAAGAACUGUAUCUGGCAGCUGGUAGCGCCCACGCAGUACCGCAUCACCCUGCUGUUUGACGUGUUUGAGACAGAGGGCAAUGACGUGUGUAAAUAUGACUAUGUAGAGGUGCGUAGUGGGCUCUCAGCAGAUUCAAGACUACAUGGGAAAUUCUGUGGAGCAGAGAAACCUGAGGCCAUCACCUCUCAAUACAACAACAUGCGCAUUGAGUUUAAGUCAGAUAAUACAGUCUCCAAGAAGGGAUUCAAAGCUCAAUACUUCUCAGACAAAGACGAGUGCUCGAAGGAGAAUGGAGGUUGCCAGCAUGAGUGCGUCAAUACCUUCGGAAGCUACAGCUGUCAGUGCCGCAGUGGCUUUGUGCUGCAUGACAACAAGCAUGACUGCAAAGAAGCGGGCUGUGAUCAUGUUGUGAACAGUGUGACUGGCAGCAUCACAAGCCCCAAUUGGCCAGAUAAAUACCCCAGCAAGAAGGCAUGCACCUGGGCGCUCUCCACCACUGCAGGCCAUCGCAUCAAAAUCGCUUUCAAGGAGAUCGACAUGGAGGCCCAUCUGGAGUGUGCCUAUGACCACAUUGAGAUCUAUGACGGGCGUGACAGCAAAGCCCCCAGCCUGGGUCGCUUUUGUGGCACCAAAAAACCUCCUCCCAUCAUGUCCAGUGCCAACAAGAUAUUUAUCCGUUUCUUCUCUGAUAACUCUGUACAAAAGAAGGGCUUCGAGGCCUCCCACACUGCAGAGUGUGGAGGUCGUCUGAAGGCCGAGGUCAAGACCAAAGAUCUGUACUCGCAUGCUCAGUUUGGGGACAACAAUUACCCUGGUGCAUCUGACUGCCAGUGGGUGAUCUCGGCUGAGAAAGGCUAUGGGGUGGAGCUCAUCUUUCAGACCUUUGAGAUCGAGGAGGAGGCUGACUGUGGCUACGACUACAUGGAGCUCUUUGAUGGUGCUGACUCAAAGUCUCCAAGACUAGGACGCUAUUGUGGCUCUGGGCCUCCUGAGGAGAUCUACUCUGCCGGUGACUCCAUUGUAAUCAAGUUCCGCUCUGACGACACCAUAAACAAGAAGGGCUUCCAUGUGCGUUACACCAGCACAAAGUUUCAAGACACACUGCACUCGCGCAAGUGACCAGCGGGGGCCAUAAAGGGCCGGGUGGGGCUGAGGGGCAAGCGGAGAGGCCCCCAGGGGAGACGCCAACCUGACACUCGGAAACCUUUGGCCACCAAGAUCAUUCAGAAACUACAGAACAGACGCAAGACCACCAACCACACCUCAACUCCCAGGGGCUCCAGCUCCCUACAGACUGUGAGGAGUAAAGCCAUUCUGCAGUAGACCUUGUUUUUAACUUUUUUAUGGUUAUGUUUGGGGUGGGUGGGUGGAUAUCCGGUUUAGGUGGAUUCAGGGGGAACGUUUAACAACCCCCCCCCCUUUUUUUUUUAUCUAAAAAAAAAAAAAAACAUACAAACAAAUGCCUCCUAAUGAGAGCAACAUGAACAACAGUGGAUUCUCAGGACCUGUAGGAAGGCAGGCAUCAGUCGGACAGAUCCCUGCUUUUGUCACGCCAUCCUACCACGGCAGGGGGAGGGGGGUGUGGUCGGUUUAGUACAGUCAAGGAGAAGAGGAGGGGUUAAAGAUUGGAAGGAGUUCAAGGGAUGCACCAACCCCAACCUCCCGGCCGCACUCCAUCGGAGUACUAGAGCCCCUUGCAUAUUCCCACCCCUUUUGUUGAAGGAUUCCAACCCAUAAAAGGAUUAGAGGGAUAUCCUUGACGUUUUGAUACUGUAUGUCAGAAAUGUAAUUAUAAUUACAAGGAGAGAGAGGAGACUACAGUGACACCAGCAUUUGUAAUUGGCAUUAUCUUGGCAGAAGUACAAGAUUCUCAUUAUUACCAUUAACAAGAAAAUUAAGGAAGCAGUUAUAUUAUUAAAGGACUAAUAAAUGAAA